AUGCCUCAACAGGAAGAAGGUGUUAUGAGAAGAAAGCUGGUCAUCAUCGGCGAUGGCGCUUGCGGAAAGACUAGUUUGUUGAGUGUGUUCACUCUUGGCUACUUUCCCACUGUACCGACUGUAUUCGAAAACUACGUGACCGACUGCCGUGUAGAUGGCAAAUCUGUACAACUAGCGCUCUGGGAUACCGCUGGACAAGAGGAUUACGAACGUUUGCGACCCCUGGCUUACUCGCAGGCCCAUGUCAUUUUGAUAGGCUUCUCCGUCGAUACACCAGACUCUCUCGAGAACGUAAAGCACAAGUGGGCUGACGAGGCUACGGAACGCUGCCCCGGAGUCCCCAUCAUCUUGGUCGGAUUGAANAAGGAUCUUCGUGACGACCCCGUAGCUCAGGAGGAGAUGCGCAAAAGAAGCCAAAAAUUCAUCACUACCAAGGCUGGAGAGGACAUGAAGGAACUGAUCGGAGCACGAAAGUAUCUGGAAUGCAGCAGUCUGACAGGUGACGGAGUUGACGAUGUAUUCGAGGCAGCAACCCGAGCUGCUCUGCUUGCGGUUGACAAACAGGAGCGCGGAGGCUGCUGUGUCAUCCUUUAG